GUUAUACAACAGGCUACGUUACAUCAUGAAGCGGCGAGCUACCGACCAAGUUGAGAAACCGACAAAAACUAAAAUGCGCCAAACGACACUGUUUUCUUCUGGUAAUCUUGCAUCACAGCCAGUAAACGAGGAACUAUGGGAGACUACAACAUCACUACUGGUCUACACACAUCCCAAAUGUGAACCAAGCAGUAAAGUAGAACCAAAGUCUCAGGAAGUUUAAUGUCUCCAUCAGAUUUUAGGCUUGGAUAUGGAUGGUACAAUUAUUAUCCCAUCAUCAGGCAAGGUUUUCCCAAAAGAUUAUACAGACUGGAAGCUAAUCAAUAAUAACAUUGUGCUCAAACUCAAAGAAUAUUUUGAUAAAGGAUAUAAGAUUGUUUUGUUAUCUAAUCAAAGAGGCAUAACAAAGGGUUAUCAAGAUAUACCUAGUUUUAAAAUAAAAAUACAGAAUAUUGUAGAUAAAUUGAACAUACCAGUUCAGGCUAUGUUUUCUAUACUAGAGGAUAAAAAUCGUAAACCUCUUACUGGCAUGUGGGAUUAUCUUACGGAAAAAGGCAACUCUGGAGUGCCUAUUGAUUUAUCUGAAUCAUUGUAUUCUGGAGAUGCUGCUGGUCGUCCAGCUUCCGGAAAUCGUAAGAAAGAUCAUUCGUGUUGUGAUCGUUUAUUUGCUCUGAAUAUUGGAAUUCGUUUUGUAACACCUGAAGUAUUAUGGUUUGAUCAACCGGAUACAGAAAAAUUUGAAAUGCCUAAAUUCAAUCCAACUGAAUUAUUAUGGUCUACUGAUAUACAGGCGAAGGGGAAACUGCCAUUAAUUGAAAAACCAAAUCAACCAGAACUUAUUCUAAUGGUGGGAUAUCCUGCGUCCGGUAAAUCGCACUUUUGUAGUCAGGUGUUGGCACCAUUGGGUUAUGAAAUCAUAAGCAGGGAUGCCCUUGGAACAUGGCAAAAGUGUGUUCAGGCUACUGAACAAGCUAUAGCCAAGAAAUUAUCUGUUGUAGUCGACAAUACAAAUAUGGAUGUGGAAUCAAGAUCACGUUAUAUUAGAAUAGCUAAAAUAUGGGAAAUUCCAGUGCGUUGUUUUCUCAUGGAAACAUCGUUUGAACAUGCUCAACAUAAUGAAAGAUUUCGUACACUGACAAAUCCAUCCCAUAAACCAAUCAGUAGUAUGGUAUUCAAUAUGAUGAAAUCAAAAUAUGAGGAGCCAACUGUGCAGGAAGGUUUUCGCGAGAUAUUAACUAUCCCUUUUAUACUAGACGAAAAUAUGCAGCAUGCGGAAUUAUAUUGUAAAUAUUUAUUAGAAAAGUAAUCAUGAACAAGUGUAAAGAGAUUAUGAAUUAUCGUGUCAGUUUUUGCCUGUAUUCAAUUCAACCUCGGUGUGUGUUGUGUCGGGUCGUGUCUGAGUGCG